AGCGAGACUCUGUCUCAAAAAAAAAAAAAUUCACACACUGCUUCAGCCCUCACAGCCAGAGGCUGCCCUGGCCGGAGCAUCAUCCCCCUGUUGUGACUCCCGUGGGGACCUCGUGGGGGGGAACCUAGGGCAGAUGUGUUGUUUCCUGUUGACUGACAUAAAGUCAGGCCUUUUUAGGGGGAAAAUACUGAGAUUUGCCUUAUUUUUCAAAUGUGGAGAUGAUGGAACUGUAAACUGUGUUUUGUGUGUAGUACGUGAAUGCUAGUGAUCGCGGCUUCAUGGUGAGUGAGGCCGGACACACUCAGACACGGCGGCCCCAGAGUCUCUGUUUUAAAGUGUUUCGUCAGCAUUUUUGACUUCAUGUUAACACUUGUCUUUUGAACCAAGGUUUUUUUUUGACUUCAUGUUAACACUUGUCUUUUGAACCAAGGUUUUUUCUUUUUAAAACCUGAUUUCCUGUUCCCUGGAACUCUGCUCCUGUGAACACGAUUUUGUGUCUUUGGUGACCCCUUCAGCCUGGUGAAGGGUCCGUCCAGAUGCGGCGUGUGCCCACGUGGACAGGCCACCCCCGUGUUUGCACUCACAGGCUGCGCAUCUGCUCCUGUGGCAGGCCCACGGCACCCUCUCUGCCUUCACGGAGCCUGUUUAAAGACCUGGCCUUGUCAAGAGGAGCAUCUUCACGGUGCUCAGCAAACGACUGUGAUCAGAGCUGACCGCAGUUUGUUACAUUGAUUUCAUGUAACGAGUAACUUUGGUGUCUGCUUACUGUGAGGACUGGACUCUGGGAGUGACAAGGAAGAUGCUGUCUUACCUGUCUGUGAAGCGUUCCUUGUGAGAUGUGUUCCAAGUGUCACGUCGUUGAGUCUUGCUUGGGCACGCCCUCGUUGCACUGAGCUCAGGGCUGGCCUGCCUGUGUUCCAGGUCUCACCAACGGCUUUGGGGGUACGAGGAGUGAACAGGAGCCAGGCGGCGGCCUGGGGAGGAAAGCCACACCCCGACGACGCUGCGCCUCCGAGUCCAGCAUCUCCUCCAGCAACAGCCCGCUCUGCGACUCGAGCUUUAGUGCGCCCAAAUGUGGGCGGGGCAAACCGGCUCUUGUGCGAAGGCACACGCUGGAGGACCGCAGUGAGCUGAUCUCCUGCAUCGAGAACGGGAACUACGCCAAGGCGGCCAGGAUCGCAGCCGAAGUUGGCCAGAACAGCAUGUGGAUCUCCACUGAUGCUGCCGCCUCAGUGCUGGAGCCCCUGAAGGUGGUGUGGGCCAAGUGCAGCGGCUACCCCUCCUACCCGGCCCUGAUCAUUGACCCCAAGAUGCCGCGUGUGCCUGGCCACCACAAUGGCGUCACCAUCCCGGCCCCACCCCUAGACGUGCUGAAGAUUGGGGAGCACAUGCAGACCAAGUCUGACGAGAAGCUGUUCCUCGUUCUCUUUUUUGAUAAUAAGAGAAGUUGGCAGUGGCUUCCUAAGUCCAAAAUGGUUCCCCUUGGUAUUGACGAAACUAUAGACAAGUUAAAGAUGAUGGAAGGGAGGAACUCCAGCAUCCGGAAGGCCGUGCGGAUCGCUUUUGACCGCGCUAUGAACCACCUGAGCCGCGUCCACGGGGAGCCGACCAGCGACCUCAGUGACAUUGACUGACGGCCCGGCUGCCAGCGCGGGUCUUGUCCAUAGUGUUGAUAAGCUGUACAUGUUUGUAUAUUGUUCAGAACUUAACUUAUUCUGAUUUUUAGUUGUAGCUCUUUAAUUCUUUUUCCCCAGGGAGGGGGGAGUUUUAUUUCCAAGUUUUCUAGGAACCCAUCUCCGUCUGGGCGCUGUGAGUGGGGUGGGCGCGUCCGGGCAGCACAGUGCGUCUGUCACACGACCCCGGGCCGUGCUGCUGGCGUCACUUUCUUUGACAUGUAGCUUUUUCUUAAAGACUUUUGAAUGUUUAAUAAUUUUGUAAAUCAUCCUCUUUACACAGAGUACCACUUAUUUAAUAAGACGGGAUGUAAAUUUACAAUGACAAAUGUGUAUUUUAAGAGAGAAAAGGACAUUAUUUUGAAUGGUACUUUGUGGAAAGGGGGAGAAUAAAGUUGUGCUGUGUACAUCACUUGCAGAUCACCAAAAACACCCCGCGCCCGUCGUCCCGCCCGCCUCAACCCGCAGGUGUGCCUCCCAGCGGAUUAUUUAUUGUAGAAAGUGUAUUCAUUUGCUUUAUAAUGAAAAAUACAUUUGCAAAGGUAUAUUGAUAUGCAUUUUUAUACAGGCACAUAAAAAUUCAACUCGGCUUGGGAGCAGAAUGCAUUGCAUUGUAUAAAUGACUCUGGCCUGUGUGUACUUUGAUUUUAUAACUUGUAAUCUUUUGUUUACAAUGAGGGGCUUUCUGUAACUUGUUUUAAUUUAGAACACUUUGGUAGCAAUAGAAACUUUGGAUACAUUUUUGUAUGGUACAUGUGAUGUAUAUAGAAUUAGUACUUUAUUUUUAUUUUUAAGAGGUAAAGCAUUAUGUUGGGGAAAGUAGGGUGGGUUUCCAAAUUUGCAUUUUUUAUAUUAAAAAUAAAGUCAAGAUUUGGA